AUGUUGUAUGACCCUCCUUUCGGUGCCUUUAGCACCUCAUUCAGGUCUGUGCGGAACCGAGACGAAUUGCUGGAGUGGCUGAGGGCAUCUGCUUCAAAGCGCAGGUUGGGUUUCUCGGAGCUGGACUUUGCAAAGCAGACCCUUGCGGAACAGGCACGGCUCAUGGCCUCCACUUCGCUUUUCGUCGCUUCCAUGGGUGCCACGCUGCUUGCAGGGAUCCUUCUUCCAGCGGACGCUGCCGUCAUCGCCUUGCCUGCGUGCCACAAGGUUGGGCCUGGGCGGACAGUGACCUGCGAGACCGAGCAGAUUUUAGCUGCAUGUGGACUUCGCUGGGGCCAGUAUCCUGUUGAGUUUGACGACGUCUUCUACACCAUUGGCCGCGGCUUCGACUUUAUUGCCAGACGGGAUGUCCUCGAGACGUUAGUGGACGAGCUGCUCUUCGACAUGCCGGCCGGAUAA